GACUGGACUGCACCAGAAGCAAGCUUGGUCGAAGGUCGUUUUCUUAAGACCCAGGAGCCGCCAUCGUCCUCCUGUUCUUCAGCGCCUUUCUGCCAGGGACCUUGUCCGUACCUGCAUAAUCCUUUGUACUUCUCAAGCCAGACAGAAUGGCGUCUCUCUGGUCGUGGGUGUUGGUGUUGUUGGUCUCUGUCUGCCGUGCUCAGGAGUUGACGACCCGGGAGGUUUCCAGCUGCACGUGCGGCUUCUAUGAUGAAGACGCCGACCUCCUCUUCACAGACAGCACCAUUGUAUACUUCAACGAAACCAAUGGUGUCCCUGACGACCUGGUCAUCGAGUCAUUCGAGCACAGGUAUGAUCUAGGCUGGAACACCGUUUACCGUCAGGGAGCCAAGGUGGACAAUGUCAACAUCGUCAACGACACCACCGCGCGCAACCUCACCAGCCUGGAGCUCGCCAUUGACCCCUCAGACAAGGAGCACUUGGUCAAUGGCGCGAGUAUCCGCACCAAACGUCAAGACAUCUUUUUCGGGUCUUUCCGGUCUUCUAUGCGUGCCCCGCGGUCCUGGCACAGGGGAUCUGCUCUAUCGAUGCUGCUCUAUCACAACGAAACUGAGCGAUGGAACAUCGACGUGAUGAACACCGACAACAGCAGCCAGGCCUGGGUCUCCAUGCUUGCCAAUGGUGUCUUCCCUGAUAUCUGGCUGGGAAAGAAUUUCACCGAUCUCAUCCAUGCUGGAGAGGAUCCGUGGUACUACCUCGAAUAUCGCGUGGACUGGACCAGAGACAACAUCAGUUACUACAUCGACGGCCAGCUCCAAAAGACGUACACGAAGAAGGAAAACGGAACUUUACCAAGCACACCGGCACCGUUGAAAUGGCAGCACUGGUCAACGGGAAACAAAUAUAGCUGCCAGGGCCCUCCAACCCAGCGCUCUCAGGCAAACAUCGGCUGGACUCGUAUCUUCUACAACUCGUCGUUGGCGACAGACAAGACACGAAAGGAUUUCGAUGCACGAUGCACACGUACUGCAGCCUGUCCCAUGAGCGACAACGCUCUUCGAGGCUCCACGGCCUAUGAUCUCGAUGCCACGAAACCCUGGAAGCAGGCCCAACCCAAGUGGACGAUUCCCUGGGUUCCUCUUGCGAUUGACAUUGCUUUCCUUUCUGUCUUUACAAUCUUACUCGUCAAGACAUUGUGGCGGAGAGCCUCCUGGGACUCCCUCUAUGAAUUCCUUGGCCUUAAGGAAAGGAAGGAGACUGCGGGCUCCUCUGCGGCCUCAGACAGAAGCGAGAGCGACGCUCAGUCAACUGACGACGGCGCGACUCUCGCAAACACUGAUACUGGCAGUCCUCUUGCGAGCAGACAUAACCUUCCAAAUGUGUCUUCUUACGCUAGCCUGUCACCACCGCCGGCGUACUCUGUUCCUCAAACCCCGGCACCUCAAUAUCAAACCCCAGUAGUAUCCCCACGGCCAUCGCGAACCAACUCAGCUGACGAUCUGACGAUCCAGCCAAUUUAUCCGGCAGAUGCGCAGGCAAGCUCUCUCAUCUCACGAACCCAGGGACGCCGUGCAGGGACCAGUAAAACUCCUAGAUCCAUCAAGGAAGAUGUGGAAUACCAUGGUAGUCCCAGCAGCAGCACCCUGGUGCAUCCUUCGAUGGAAUUGAGCGCACCCCCUACCCCAGGAUUUUUCUCUGCAGAUGUGCCUCAACAGAGGCAGGAUCCCCAGGCUCCUGCGGCGACCGAACGCAAGACUCCUGCAGUCAAAGCAUCUCCGGCUGCAGGAGCUGCUCUGCCCCGUCAGCGCAUUGACUACUUGGCUGGUUUCAUCUCUAUGAGUGCGCUUCUGGUCACGGUGAACCAUUUUUGUUUGACCUUCUUCGCAUCCGUCCUGGAGCCUGGACUGGACCACCAUUAUUCCAGUGAGUUGUGGGCGAGAAAGACUAUCGCAACCUACUUCCUAGAUCCUCUCUGGAUCGGGCCGUUCCUCAUGAUUUCCACCCGCUUCCUCAUCUCCAAUUAUCUUCGUACAGGCAACCUGGGAAACAUGGCCCAGAAAAUUGUUUCUCGUCCGUUCCGUCUUCUCACUCCGGUCGCAUCAAUUGCUCUUCUCGAGUACUUCCUCAUGGAUUCGGGAGCCGUGAACUGGCUCGAAUACCUCCCUUCUGUUACGUGGUCACAGUGGCCGUACGUUACGCUUGUGCAGAACCCUGGUGUGUUCAUCAGUGAGAUCGUUGAGCUCGCCUUCCUGAUUCCAAAUGCCGCUCCCCAGAUCACCAACAACUACUGUACCGGAGUGCUCUGGACCAUCCCCGUCCAAUUGCAGGGCGCCUGGCAAACUCUGAUUGGUCUGAUCAUGGUCAAGCAAUGCAAGACGCCUUGGAAGCGGAUGGCUUUCUACGCCUUCUGCAUCGCUAACCACUGGUACGGUCUUUCGUGGGGCAGCUACUACUACGCCGGAGUGCUUCUUGCAGACCUUGACCUUACCUUCAAGUACAAGAAGUGGCUGCAUGCUCGCCCGUUCGUCUACUACCCUAUCCUGUGGUUCCUCAUCGCGGUCACUCUGGGCGGCUUCACUCUCGACCUGAUUCCCCAGUACACCGGUGUCCAGUAUGCCGAAAAGGAAUAUGGGUGGCAUCCCGACACGACGACUGGUCUCGCCAUCGUACAGGCUGGACGCAGCCUCUACCCGGACUACUACAUUCCUCGACUGAAUGCUUUGAUCACCACGGUCAGCAUGCAAACCAUCGUGGAAAUUUCCCCUGUGGUUCAAAGAGUGCUCUCGGUCAAGGUUCUGCAGUGGGUCUUCCCUCACAUCUUCACUAUCUAUCUGAUUCACGGUUUCAUCAUGUGGUCUGCUGGUUCGUGGGCUAUGGUGACACUCUUCUCCUAUGGCCUACCUUACUGGUUGUGCGUCCUUCUGACGGCAAUCAUCUGCUAUGGCAUGAUCUUUGCCGUUCUCCCUAUCUUGACGCCGCCCAUCGAGCUGCUCGGUAAGAAUUUCACUCUGACGGUGUGGGAGCACGCCAGCCAGGAGCCGGCACCGAGAAAGCCCACCACGUAUCCUUUUGGCAGGCAACUGCUGAACCGUGAUGUGGAUGCUGCCCGGGCCGAUACACCAGACACGAUAGAUGAGAAGAAGGGCAAAGGUCCCGAUGGCAAGGCCACGAUAUCAGAGACGAUCUCAGAGGUCUGAAAUUUUACAACAUAUUUCAUUGUAUGUACAUUUCUGUGUUAUUGGAUUGGUUUCUCCAUAUUUUAUAUCGGAGUAUGGAGUCGUAUCUCCGGGCAUGUACAUGAUUUCCCUAUACAUAGACUUGAUGGAUUUAUGGAUUGAUCGUGACACGUCAACAUACAUGAAGUACAUACAUUAUAGAAUUCAAUACUGCAUCGAACACUUUUCACACU